AUUUCAUGACGCGCACGAUCGUGGUUGGUGACAUUUGAUUUGUCUCUGAACUUCGUGCUGAAUAUUACCUAUUACAGCUCUUCGGGGUGUCGAAUGGCCACAUGCGACCAAACUUGCAGGGACAGACCAAAGCAGCGGUGAUCUUGACCCCUCUUACCGCUUGGCCCGGUGGUCGUCAGUCGAAAUGCUUUCUAGAUGUGGAUUGGACGAAUCCUAGGCCUGGGGUUGUUUCUAAGUAGUUUCGUUGACGAGAUCUCCGUCCUGAGUUCUGCAUUGCACUGCACCUUCAUUACUGGCAGUGUUCUUACUGCAAGCGAUUCGCAAUCGUGCCUCGUGGUUCCUGUUUUUGUUCUUUACAUACACCUUAUGAUCAGUGACUUAUAUUUAAACUGGCACACAGCAGCGCAUGUAACGUAUUUUGUUUGCCACGUACAAAUCGGAUAAUUGGGGUGGUGUAAG